AUGAAGACGACGAACAGAGCAAGGGAUGCCUCGGAUGCCUCUGACGAGGACUUGGAUGACGAGGAGGCAGACGACAGCGACGACAGUGACUUUGGGGCCAAGAAAAAGUCCAAAGCCAAGCGUGUGGGCACAGCAGGCGGCGGCGGCGGCGGCCGCUCGCGGGCGCCGGCGGCAGGGAAAGGGGGCAGGAGCACACCGGCCAAGCGGCCUGUCAAGCGAGCUGCAGCGGCGCGGAAGCGGCGCCGCAGCAGCAGCGAUGAGGAGGAGGACGACGACAGCGGCAGCAGCAGCGAGGAGAGCGCGCCAGACGACAGCAGCGAGGAGGAGGAGGAGGAUGACGAGGACGAGGAGGAGGCCAACGCACAGGCCAUCGCAGCCGCAAGGGGACGGCCGAGGCGGCAGGCUGCUGCGCAGGCCAGCCAGAGGAUCAAGCGGUCCGCGCGCGACGAGGGCGACGACGCUGCUUUCUCAAACGGCGGCUUGCCUGACUAUGGGGCCACGUCCGGGCGGGAGGAGGAGCAGCAGCGCGGCGGCGGUGGGGCGGGGCGGCGGAAUGCUCGGGGCGGCGGCAGCGACGAGGACGAGCGGCUCGCGCGGCAGAUGCAGGAGGAGCUCAACGGGCUGAGGGCGCGGCGCUGGCGGGUGAAGCUUCCUGGCGCCGCGGCGGCGGCUGCGGCCGCGCAAAUCAGCUCGCCCACCCGCCGCGCAGCCGCCCGCUCUGCAAGCGGUGGCGGCGGCAGCGGCGGCGGCCGGCAACGCAGCGGCUCGCGCGGCGGCGCCCCGGCGCAGAAAGCUGGCGGCGGCCGGCAGCCGCGGCGCGCGGCGAGCAGCCGGGCGGCGGCGCGGGGCGUGUCCUACGCGGAGAGCAGCGACAGCGGCAGCGACGGGUCUGGCGGCGGUGGCGGCGGUGGUGGCGGGCGGCAGCGGGAGCCGAUUGCGGCGCUCGACGAAACGGACGAGUUGGAUGAGGAGAUUGAGCGCGUCGUGGCGCACAGGGACGCGGAGGCGCCCCUGGCGGGCGAAGGGGGCGCCCCUCAGGCCGCCGCCGCCGCGGGCUGGGCAGGCCGCGAGUUCCUGAUCAAGUGGCGGUGGCGCGCCUACAUCCACUGCAGCUGCUGA